UUCAAAGUCCUAACAACUGCAAAAGAAAAAAAUCAAGAUGUAAUUUGCCCCGAUCAACUACAUUCAAUUUAUGAAUAUUUUAUUUGACAAGAUUGCCUAGUUUCAACUUUUGGGUGUCCCCAAUUCAUUACAAGAAUGCCUUCCACCACGUCCUAAUUAUAGCAGAAGCUCCUUUAAAGGCUCCACCAACUCCUUUUAGCUAAGCUAGCUCCAUCUACUUAUUAGUCUCAAGGUGACAGCCAGCCACAUACAUGUCCUUUCAAAAUUUUUUAUACUACUGCAACUAAUUUUCUAAUCUUCCAUCUUAAUUCCCUGUCUAUUUAUUCCUAUCUUUUCUCUCCUCUGUUCUAAAAGCACAAAGUUAGGUUCAAUGGCUACUUCUGCAUUGAAGACAGUACUUGUAAAACAGCUCAAGGAGUAUCUACAAGAGCAACAAGAGCCUUUUAAAUUAAACACGUACCUUUUGGAAAGACAAUAUUUGAGGAAAAGUUCAAGCUCCGAUGAAGGAAAUAGUUGCUGCCUCACCACAUCCACAGAAAACCUGAAAGAAUCAUGCAGUCAUGGAUCGAACAAGAAGAGGAUUUUACACACUUUGAAGACCCUGAAGUGGAUGCUACACAAACUCAUUACACCAAAUGACAAGCAGCAGCAGCAGCGGCUCUCAACUUGCAAUAAAGCUGUAAAAGAUAAACUUAUUUCUGAGACAAUCGAUUUGAUCCAGCAGAUUGCAGAAACAAACUGGUUUUCAACAGUAAGCAAUGUAACCGCAUUGAGUACCUCAUUAGAUUGUGAAGCUCCAGAAGCAAACCCACAUUGUGAACCUCACAAUCGCUCACUUUGCACAGAAACUUCUCAAGCCUUAAAUGUUAGACGUUUUGAAGGAAAAAAAGGACCUUCAACAUCAAGCCGUAUUCUUAUCCAAGCUGAAGGUCAGCCCACCUUCUCAGCUCUUAUAUGUAAAUCACCAAAGCCUGGAAAACGCAUCCAAGCAGGAUUUACAGAAGCAAAAGACAUAGUAUGGUUAGGUCCUUCAACCAAGAAGAAAAAGUCUUGCAACAAAUCAAGCAGUUGACAUUUGAUUGUGGCACAAAAACUUUCAUGAAACUAUGUUACAAUGAAUGGAACACUGAAGGGAUUACACAUUAUUGAGUGUUGAAAAGCUAGAAAGAAACAGUAAGCAACUCUACUUGUAAGGAAAGCAACAACUAAAUGUUAUGAAUGCAACCAGCUUCGGAAAAUCUGGCAAUCAUACACGGAAGAAUGUAAUUAUAUCUAGUUGAAAGGGAAGAUAGGUAGAGGGGUUGAAGAUUCCAUCAUCGAUGAGAUUAUUGGCAAACAAAUUGACUAGCUCUGAGCCUCUGAUCAGAGGUACUGAUAAACUGAGAGACGGUAACUAAUGGUUGAUACUACUAUCCUUAAAACAGCCAAGUGUAGCACCAUUCAGAGAGUUCCUUGUAUUUAUUGUAUAUGAUAGCAUAAUAUAUAUUCGCAUAUGUAAUAUGCAUGUAUAAUUUUAUUGUGCAUGAACAUUGUUGGUGUGGUUUAUAUUAGGACUAUUUAUGGAAAAA